AAUAUUUUGCUGGUUGUCAGUCAACGCCAAUCGCUUUGGCCAUAAGCAGGUUUCAGCCAUGCAACCAAGCAUAUUAUUUGCGGCCUUCUUCAUUGCGCUAAGCAAUUGCAUUGUAGAUGCGGCAUCCAACGGCCGCCAGCUGCCCACAUUUGGUAACCACGAUGGAAGCAUCUUUCACAGAGUGAGACGCCAGGCUCAGGCAACCGGCGAGGCGGAGCAGCUGGAUAGAUGUUUUAACCAUGGAGGGUUCACACAUGGACGUUUGCUGUUGAUUUGGUACGAAGACGAUGAAUCGAUAGAUCCGGUGAAGUACCUGAGAAAGCUUCUCGCCGAUGAUCUGGAUCUGCCCAAGCUAAGAUUUUCCAUAGAGCGCGUUCGGGUGCAGGAAAACCAAAUGCUCUUCGAUAUGUCGAACAGCUUGAACGCGAAUCAGGUAUUUCGUAAUUAUUGUAAUCUUUUCGCAAGAAUUGCUGAAUAUCGGUCGCAAGGCUACGAUGAUCCAGCCUUGACCUAUGAAAUUGUAAAAACGGAUGAGCAAUUUUUCCGCUAGCCAAUUCGAAAACUCAAGUAUUAAAAAAGUAUUUAUCCAAUUGAUAAACUAGUCUAUAGCAAAAGUAUUUAAUUUUUAUUAUUGGUAAUUUUUAAUGUAUUAAAUUUUGUUUAUUUAUUUAUUAA